AUGCCCAAGGUAUUGCUGUGCGGUGGUGUGCAAGGCCACUGGGAGCUGCUGUUUGAGCGCGUGCGAAAGAUAAAUGAAGCUGCAAAGGACAAACCGUUUGACGCGCUUUUGUGUGUCGGUCGUUGUUUUCCUCUGCCGGUUGAAUACGUGACAGGAGGCAACAAACAAGUUCCGCUUCCCACGUAUUUCCUGCCAGGGCAUGAGAUUGCACGUUUAUGGCAAGAAGACGCGACCCAAAGAAUGAUUUUUGACAGAAUGAGUGAAGUAGAGCAGUUUGUGGAUCCUGUGGAGAUUGGCAAGGGUUUCCUCUGUCUUGCUGGGGCUGGAGUUGCUACUAUUGCUGGACUUAAGGUGGUUUAUGUGUCGGGUAUGGAGACUUAUGGUCAGCCGGACGAAAAGGGAACGCUGCUGACAUAUUCGAAGGCGUCGGUUGAAGUUUUGAUGCAGCAGCUUCUUGCGAGUGGAGUUCAGGCAGAUGUAGAUUUCUUAUUAACGGCAGAGUAUCCCAUGAGUUUCCAGCUAUUGUUACCUGAUCAGCAACUCCCCCACGGCUUACAAGCGAUGAGAGGAAGCAGGGUUGUAAGGGAAAUUGUGCGGCAUGUACAUCCAAAGUAUCAUAUUACAAGCCGAGGAGGAGAUGGGACUCGCGGGGACGUAUUCUACCAGCGACUGCCAUAUGUGAGUGAGGUGGCAGGGACAGGAUGCAAGCAAAUCACGCGACUUAUUGGGCUUAGUGGCGUUAAUAAAAUUAAGGACAAGACUCGCAAAUAUCUGCACGCGUUGCAGGUCGUACCCUUUACACAACAGAGCGCCGAAGAGCGCCAACACAUGGACAUUCCUGCUGGCACUACAAAAAAUCCCUACCUUUACGCAAUGUUAGACGAAGCUACUUCACGGAAUGAGGAAUUCAACGCAAAACGAAGGAGGAUAGACCCUGCUGCAAUCGGAGGUCUCUCUGCUGACCAAAUUGAGCAGCUUACAACAAAAGGCCAUGGUGGUGCGCAGUUCUUCUACGACCAGAAAAUUGCGGCCAGGGGUCAACGAAAGGGUGGAUUGCUGCCAGGCCAUGCCAACCUUCAACAAGAGAGACACACUCGUUUGGCUCUGCCAGAGCGCACUGAGUGCUGGUUUUGUCUGUCAACACCAGCAUUAGAGCGACAUUUGAUCGUGAGUAUUGGUCAAGAAGCUUAUCUUGCAAUGCCCAAAGGCGCCAUAUGCGGAGACCACUUACUGAUCGUGCCUAUUGCACACGAGGCAAUCCACGCUAGCGCUAAGCAACGAUGUUUGGGAGCUACGCACUGCCACUUACAGGUCGUUGGUGUGCCCAAGGCAAAGGCGCUUACUGCGCGCAGCAUCUUUGAGACUGAAGGAGAGAAAUACAAUGUCAAGUUCCAUGAGUUGAUGCGUAGUGAUGCCGAGAAAGCCAACAGCGUUGCGUCUACUGGUCCGUUGGAGAUUUUACGAGAGCAGACCGAGGGCAGACCAUUCUUGUACGCGGAAGUACCGGAUGGCGAGGGUGGUGUCACGCAGCUGCUGCAUCACGUUGAAGGGAAACAUUAUGUGCAAUUUGGUCGGCACGCAGCUUCGUGUGUGUUAGAGAUGCCACGUCGUGCUAAUUGGAAGUUCUGUGUGGUGUCAAAACUCGAAGAGAAAAAGCUCACGCAGACUUUUAAGGACCAGUGGAAACCGUAUGACUUUACAUUGGAGAAUGAUGAUGAUGAUGAUGAUGAAUAA